AUGUUCCGCCCCGUCUGUUCUCGACGCCUCCCGCUUUCCGUUCUUCGUCGAUACACCAAAGCUGCAACAAUGUCGCUGAAGGUAGGUUCGAAUGUAGAAUAUACUAUACAAAUUUACUCACUCGACAUCCAGGCAAUCUCCGCCACGGAUGCUGCGUCCCUUGACAAGGACCUCAUGGACGUGAACAUUGGCGGCUGGUCACUAGACCAGCUUAUGGAGCUGGCGGGCUUGUCGGUUUCUCAAGCCGUCUGGAAGAUGCAUCCGCUCAGUCAAGGAAAGAAUGUCCUCAUUGCAUGCGGACCUGGAAACAACGGUGGUGAUGGUCUCGUCGCAGCACGACACCUCGCACAUUACGGCUACAAGCCCACCGUGUACUAUCCCAAAGAAGGCAAAAACGAACUCUACCAACGCCUCAAAACCCAACUCGAAAACCUCUCGGUCCCCUUCACAAAUGACUUCAACGCCGCCCUCUCCAACUCCCACCUCCUAAUCGACGCCAUCUUCGGCUUCUCAUUUGGUGGGCCCCUUCGCGAGCCCUUCCCAUCUAUCAUCUCGCAAGUCGAGACUGCAUCUAUCCCGGUGCUGAGUGUGGAUGCCCCCAGUUCUUGGGACAUUACCUCGGGACCGCCAUCGUCUGGGCCUGGGGCUAAGUUUAUGCCACAGGGACUGAUUAGUCUGACGGCACCAAAGCCUUGUGUGAAGUUCUAUGAGGGCCGGCACUUUGUUGGCGGCCGGUUCUUGACGCAGAGUAUUGCGGAGAAGUAUGGACUAGUUUGUCCGGCGUAUGAAGGUAUUGAUCAGGUGGUGGAGGUGUUUAAGGAUGGGGAUGGUGACUUCCGGUAUGCUCCAAAGGGGGAGUCAAAGUGCUAA